AUGGCACAUGCUGCUUCAUCUUCGUUUCCUAAACGAAUACCGCGUGUUGAAUGGCUGUGGAAGGCUAACGUAGAUCCGUGGUCUCUCUCUUCUGACGAAGACGAAGAAGAAUGGAAGCGUUAUUCGAAUGUGGAAACACGCAUAAUCGAAGAAGCCUAUGUGAGCGGGAAGAAUGAGGCCAUUCUCGAUGAUUAUCACAUUCGAUUCAAACCACAUCUCAUACAGAUAUCGAACACUAAUCAUAACAAUCAACGACCUGUCAAACGAGUCUGUCGAGAUGGAAUAGAAGAGACUCGUCCACUAAGGGAAGCAAGAUUCAUGCCUAAUCCUAUUAAUCCUAAGAAACCAUACUUAGAAAAUUAUCCGAGUUUCCUUCGAGAAGUUUCCAAAUACUUUGAUGUUCCAAAGUCUUCUUCGGCAUUUGAGCUUCUAGAUGAACAACGUUUGAUCUUGCUGGAAAAAGCAGCGCAAGGUCUCAUCAUGGAAGGUAAGAAACUGGGAAAACAACGAGAAGCUGAAUGGAUGGCUCGAGAGCUAGUCAAAGUGAAAGCGAUAUAUGAAUAUGAAAUAACAACAAAUACCGUCCAAAGAAGUAUUGCAAGAGAUCUUGAAGUAUAUCACGUGUGUGCUCAUCUCUACACUAUGGAAUCCUUCUUGUACAAGGAAAUAAAUGCACUCAUGCGUCUUGACGGUGAUAUGGAAUACAAAGAACUGCUGAUGAGUAAAGUUCCUACCUAUGGUCCAUUUGCUUAUCUCUUAUUUUGGAAGCGAGGGGUAAGAAAGGAGGCGUCCGAGAAAACUUUGACAGUCUACCGCUGUGCAAACUUAUCAGAUGAAUUAAUUCAACAGUAUAAAGAAAAGUAUUACCGAGGCAUGUUUGCCACGUUCCCAGCCUUUACUUCAACAAGCCGAAAUCGAGCGAAAGCGGUACAGUUUGGAAAUGUUCUAUUCGUUAUUGACAUUGAUGUGCUGAAAGGUGAAGAUGUAUCAUUAUACAGUGACUAUCCUGACGAAGAAGAAGUAAUACUUCAUGCCGGCUUCACAUUCGAAAUUCAAUCAUGCAAAUUUGACGGUAGAACAAACAAGUGGAUCAUGCAUCUCAAAGACCAUCAGCUUUGA